GACUCUCCGUCUGGUCAUUAGCUUGCCGAGCAUUGCAGAGAGCAGUCAGCCCGUCGUGUCUCUACCCGAGGCCGGAUGGUAAAAUCCAACCUCCAGCGGAUCCUAAACAGUCAUUGCUUUGCUCGCGAGAAAGAAGGAAAACAGCAGUCUUUAACUACCAUGGCGGAUUUGAGUAAUGGUAUCUGUGACAUGAUUGGGAAUUUGUCCCUGCACUGUAGUAGUACCCGCGGCCCGGGGCCUCAGUGGUGCUCCGAUGCCCCUCUCCCACCCCUGAAGAUCCCAGGUGGGCGAGGGAAUGGCACACGGGAUCACACUCCUUCAGCUCGGCCACUCCACUCAGAUCGAAAGCUGACUGUAACAGAGGAGCCAGCAGGGAAUGGUCGCCCUAGGAUACUCCACUUCCAAAGUCGUCCCACUGUUACAAAGACAGUACAGUGGGAUGCUGUCCUAAACAGCAGCGCACUCUACGUGGAGAUACCUCUUGACCCCCUUACUGAAGGCAGCAAGGAGAGUUUUGCUGCUCUACUGGAGUAUGCAGAAGAACAUCUGAAAGUUGUUAGCGUGUUUGUCUGCUUUUACAAGAACAGAGAUGAUCGUGCUAAACUGGUGCGUACAUUCAGUUUCCUGGGCUUUGAGAUUGUGAAACCGGGCCAUGCCCUCGUCCCACCUCGACCCGAUGUAUUCUUCAUGGCCUACAAUUUUGACAGGGACUCCUCGGAUGAGGAGUAGCCCUCUGGACAGCCCCUCCACACCCUGCUUACUUCCCAUUGUAUGUUUGUCCAUCCCACCCCAGCUUACUCAUAUAAACCACCGUCUGUGUUAAACCCUCAGCUGUACCUCUCUGUAUGCAAGUAUUCAUUUCCCCUAUGCUUUUUCUGUUCAAGGGAAUAUGUAAGAUGUGCGUCUCCUGUUUCCACCAUCUAUCUUUGUGUGUUUUAUUAUACCGUUUUCAUUGAAGAUUAAAUCGGUGUCGUCACCUAAAAAGGAGGGAACCUUUUGUUUUUUGGACUUACGAUCACGUUGCCGUUGUCAUAGCUAAGUUAAGUUCUGGUAUAAUUUCGAUUUCUUGUCAAGUCUUUGUUUUUAUUGAUAUUUCCUUUUUUAUGAUAGAUUAAGGUGGAGGGUUCUUCAUUUCUUGAAUGUACAAUAAAAAGGUCAUCAGGUUUACACUCGGGUACUCCAGCUUUCUUUUGAUUGGCAAAACAAUGACUUUAAAAUUUGUCUCACAUUUCUUUCUCUCUGAAUUGAAUAACAAACACAUUUCAGUGGGACCAGUUUUAUUAUGUAGCACUAACAUUCUCUUAAAAGUAUUUGGAUUUUUUGAAACGUUACUUUUGAGUGACAGCCCCAAUAUUUGGUACUUCAUAGCUGAAUAGUGAAUGCUUUUAGACUAGAGGCAGAGUGAAAAGAUGAAUGCUGUUGCAUGUGUCUGAUGUAGGCGCUUCAGUUUUAAGGUAAAGCUCCCACGAUGAGUAUUGGUACAACGUGAAAGGAACAAUCCAAAGUGCUUUUGCUUUCGGCCAUGUAUAUCUGACAAUGUAGUAUUUUGUUUUGGAGGCUGAAAAAAAAAUGCUGUGAUAUGAUUGGAUUUUAUUUGUCUUUUUAUUAGCAUUCCUUUUAAAACUUAUUUCUCAUGAUAGUAUUGAGUUUGUUGUUCACCUGCAUAGUGGUACCUGUUGUGCUUCUGUGAUAAUAAAACCAACAAAACAAACAA